AGAGACAGACAGGAAGACAGACAGGCAGACAGACAGGAGGUGUAGUCCAUGACAGCUGAUCCGUCCAACAACACCACCACCACUCUUCUUCUUCGCUGCCUGUCCGUCCUGCUCCUCCUAUGACAGCCAUCACACCCGGCGGUCACGUCGCACUAUGUUCCAGGAUCCUGAACUCCAAGAUCCGUUGAGUCUCGGUGAAAAUUAUGACGAGCGGAACUCACAUCACAAUCCCAAAAAAGCACAAGCAAGUCCUGACUUUGAUUGUGAGACACCGGAGAUUCAUGUCAUCAUCAAAGAGGAAGAGGACGGCUGGACUGUGAGUGAUAAUCAUGAGAGCUACUGCUCAGGGGGAGAAAAAGAGGAAACUUCAGCACAAAGGAAAGACAGCUCCAGUUCAAACGAUGAAAAGCGACUUCAGAGAGUUGAUCCCGUGGAGAAAAGCUCAGAGGAGUCGAGUGGCCCUGCUCUCCUCGACCAGAGCUCCUCUGCCAGAGACGGGCGGAAGAGACACAUUCUCAUUGACCCUGAUGCCAAACCUGAGCUCUCCUGUGUUUACUGGAAGGUGCCGGAACAUGAGACGGUGGAUGAGGGCACUAUCACAGGAGAGAAAUCUGUCUCCUUCCCGGUCUGUGAGACGACCCUCAGUCACAAAAGGAACAUGAGCUCCCGCCAGAGAACACAUGCUGAGGACGGCUGUUGUGUCCCGGACCAGAGCGGAAAACAAAGCACAUCUUUGCCAACAGAGGCGGAACUACACGAGACCAAAACACCAGCACUUUGCCAAACAGAUUCACCUGAGCACAAGCCCCUUGUAUCACAUGGACUCAAAAGGGCAUCUUCAAACUUGGAAGGACAAACCCUCCACCUGACUGUUCGUCUGCAGGCCGGAGAAGAGGAGGAACAAGAUGACGAAAUCGGAGGUUUAAUCAACUCCGAUGGAGAAGUGGUUGAAUGGAAUGCAAGUCCUGACCGAAGCUCUGAUUGCACAGAAAAUCCUCAGCAGAGCAAGGGUGUCAGCUUGUCCGAGUCUCAGCUGCAAAGCCAAAGCCAGAGAGACAACAGUAGUCCAACGCUCAUCAUGGAAGUUGUGUCUGUGGGAGACGAUGAAGAAAGGGAAGAAGGGGAGGAGAAAGAGAGAGUAGUAAAGAUGGCAACCGUUUCCCCUUUUUACCGUGGUAAACGAAAGAGACACAGAAGAAAGAAAAAGGUUUCAGAGAUAAAAUCAAGGAGCGUCUCCGAUAAACAGGUUCCUGCAAAUCCUGCAAAGAGAAGAGGCAGAAGAAAGAUUUCAGAAACACCAGCGUUGUCUGAAGAUUUGGAGGCAGAGCCUGGAAUAUCAAGGCGUACCCGAAGGAAGAUCAAUUUCCCCACCGUAGUGGAAUCAGAAACCCCAAACCCCAAAACUGUACCUCGUGCCACAGCAAAGCGACCUUACAAAAAACGGAAAGAAUCCAAACAAUCUGCUGAAGGAGGUGGAAGAACUGGAAAGAAGAACCCUGGCAGGAAGAUGGUUCGUGUGCCAGUGGAAAUACCUCCUGAGCUCCUGAAGACGCCCAAAGAAAAGAUCGAGUACCACUGCUCCGUGUGUGGCAAGGAAUUUCCUCACGCCUACAAACUGGAGAGGCACGAGCUGGUCCACACAGGAGAGAAACCGUACAACUGCUCCAUCUGUGGCCGGGGCUUCAACCAGAAGGGAAACCUCAAAACGCACUACAAAGUCCACUUAGGUAGUAAAGGCGUCGUGGACUUUGACGAUGAGGUGAAUCCCAUCGCGUCUGAACUCUCUGAAUACUUAAAGUCUCUGCCGGGGGAGUCCAGGAUCAGAUCGUCCCUCCAUUGCCUGGACUGUGGGAAAGACUUUGAGAGUCAGUCUGAUUUACAAGCCCACCACAUUACCGCACACACACCGACAGCUGCUGAACCGGACACCGUGGAGCACAGCACAUCGCAGCUUCUCUUCUGCCGUCGCUGCGGUGUUCAGUUCCACGAAAAGGAAAAGCUGGAAGAACACAUGAAGUCUCACGUCAAGGAGAAGCCCUACCCGUGUCCUGACUGUGGCAAGAGGUUCAUCAAUGAGAGCUACAUCCAAAUCCACCAGCGCAUCCACACCGGGGAGAGACCCUUCCUCUGCUCGCAGUGCGGCAGAGGCUUCCACACGGCGUCCUCUCUCAAGCUGCACGAGAUGCAGCACUCCGAGGAACGGCCGUUCGCCUGUUCCAUUUGCACGAAGACCUUCCGGAUAAACUCUUACCUGACAGCACACUACCAGACCCACAUAAAAGACAGGCCCUUCAUUUGCAGUGUGUGUGGGAAAGGCUACUCUCGAGCCGAGGAGCUGAAGGUGCACCACAGGCUGCACACCGGAGAGAGACCCUACGAGUGCGGAGAAUGUGGGAAGAGCUUCAUUUACCGGCAGGGUCUGAGGCAGCAUCAGCGCACACACGCUGGAAGACGCAUCGGACCGACCCGACAGCUGGGCCGACCCAAGCAACAGGCCCAACUGGACGUCUAACGGUUGCUCUAUUUGUCUAUUUCUAUGUUGUUAACUGUGCUUAAAGAUAUUGCAGUAAAAGUGCAGUAAAAGUUCCUUCCAUUCCUCCGACCUACAGUGUAGACGAUUAUUGUUUCUAGCAAAUAUCCGCGACAGAGUCUGUGUGAAGAUUAAUUUGGAAGCUUUCUGUGUUGUCUUUCCAGUAUUCAUGUUUUUUAUCCAUAACUCUAGUAGCCCAUCUGUACAAUUCCAGUGCCUUUGUAUCCUGCAUGCCAAAUAUCAAUAUUUGAUGUUAAAAAAAUUAUGCACAAUAUCCAUUAUUUUGAAAUCUAUGUUUUCAGAAAUCUGUUACUUUUUGCCGCGUUUGAAAUAUUGUUUCUUUACAUCUUGAAAUAUGAGGAUUAUCUUUCUACAAUCAACUUGUAGAUCGUCCUUUGAGAGUUGAUAUUAAAAGCACAACAUGACACACUGAACUAAAACAUCAGCAAGCA